ACCUGCGCGGGGCAGGCGGGAACGGCGCGCGGCGAGCUGAGGGUGGCGGCGGGCGACAUGUUCCAAGGCCCGGAAAGCGAGGGCGGCCGCGCCGGCUCCAGGGCCAUGAAGCCCCCAGGAGGAGAAUCGAGCAAUCUUUUUGGAAGUCCAGAAGAAGCUACUCCUUCCAGCAGGCCUAAUAGGAUGGCAUCUAAUAUUUUUGGACCAACGGAAGAACCAAAGAACUUACCCAAGAGGACAAAUCCCCCAGGGGGUAAAGGAAGCGGUAUCUUUGACGAAUCAACUCCCGUGCAGACUCGACAGCACCUGAACCCACCUGGAGGGAAGACCAGUGACAUUUUUGGGUCCCCAGUCACUGCCACUUCACGCUUGGCACACCCAAACAAACCCAAGGACCAUGUUUUCUUAUAUGAAGGAGAAGAACCAAAAUCGGAUCUUAAAGCUGCAACGAACAUCCCCGCCGGACCACAGCAGGGCGAGAAAGGCGCCAGAGAAGCAGGCCUCACCAAGGAGCAGGAGCCCACGCCCGCGGUCGACAGCCAUGAGCCCCGGCUGGGGCCACGGCCUCGCUCUCACAACAAGGUCUUAAACCCGCCAGGAGGCAAAUCCAGCAUCUCCUUCUACUGAGAGAAGCCACUGCUCCACUAGGAGCCAGACCGGAAACUCAAGAGAUAGGGUAGCAAUAUUUUCAUUUCCUUUAGCCCAACUGAGCGGGGUGGGAAGAGGGUUAGUCGUGUGUGAGCCUGGCUGCUCAGCGUCUCCAUGGCCAUCACGAGAGCUGCUUGGAGACCCGUCCCUUCCCGACCACUGCGAGAUGCCUCUGUGGGGAUGAAAUGGGGCUCCCCUGGCCAUCACUCAUGUGUAGUCCAGUUAUGAGAGGAACUGUAAGGUGGGGUGAGGGUGGGGAGGUGGGGCAGGGCCAUGGUCCUAGGAUCAACAGUCCGUCAGCUGAUUGGAUGUCUAGGAAUGACUGAAAGAAACCAAAACAACCUGUCUGCCUCUGCCGUGGGAUGGAGGAGGUGUCAGCAGAAACACUAACAGUACAUGGACCCCUCGGCAGAAGCUUCCAUUCCAGAGUUCACGGCUGCUAAAUCCAGCGUCCCCAUUUCAUUUAAUCCCCAGUGUAUCCUGUAGCCUUUUCUUGAAAUAUCUUGAUUGCUUUUCCUUGGUACCUUUCAAACAACCAAAAAGUUGUUCUCUGUCUUCUACUUUAUGGAAGGUUUUUUUUGUUUUUUGGUGUCCUGACCCUCUGAAGUGCCCAGUUCCUGCCAUCUGAAACCCCAACCUGAUCUGAUCUCAUGUUGGAAUCUUUCUGUCUUUCACACAGGGCUGCUCUUGAUGCAUUACAUGUCAGUUUUGCUUGUGAAUUCUUCCUUUUUUCCUCUUAUCAGCCUUAAGUCUAGGCGUUUUGUUCUUCCCCAGUGAUGUAGACAGUUCCUUUCACGAGCUACACUUCUUCCCAUAAAUGAGGCCCAUUGACCUCUGCGGGACUUUAAAAAUCCAUCCAGUUAUAUCCGAGUAAGUGGCUUAUUUCCGUUCUUCCUGUGUGUUCCUUUAUUCCUGAAUUGGUUGGUGGAAAGAAGAGAUGCUUGGGAACCCUGUGUUCUUAGGUUUGGAUUCUUUAAUACCAUCUAAAAAGCUAUUUUUAAAUACCAGCUUUACAUAAAUGACUCUGGUCUGUUUCUGACACCUUUCCAGAAAAAAGUCAGUUGUUCAGGUACACCAAAGAGGAAGAAUAGCCGUGUAGGCCACCCUCUGCAAAGCUUUAUAGAACCUCUGGAUUUAACUCACGAAAAAGCCUCCAGAAGAGACUAGAGACCUUAGGCCAGGAGAUGAAGGACUUGAGUAGCGAAGUCACACCUGUCCAAUUCUCUGAGCUUCAAUAGCCUAGCUAAUGGGAUGGCAAAGGUAGUGUUGCUUUCAUUGUCAGACAGAAGCCCCUCCCCAUCCUCCUCAAGGGCUGCAGGCUCAGUUCUCAUGCUUCCCUUGGGUGGGCAUCUGUUUACAGGAGAAUGUCUGGGUGGUGGCAGCUUUUCUGAAUGCCUACAGAGCUAAUGCUUGGUGCUGCAAACGUCAUCGUUUAACUUCAGAAAGGCAGCAGCUGUGUUCAGUCAGGCUCACACUGCCUCACUGCUUAAGUGCCUGCAGGAGCCGCCUGCCUGCCGAGCUCCCCUUCCCACACCUGGCACAUUGAGGGUCUGCACAAGGCUGUGUCAACCAAAGACACUUUCCCCCUUUCGAUUGCUUGUAGACUUUGGAGCCAAGAAACAAAGUCUCGUGACUUUGUGACUCUGUGUGACUCAACACACUUCAAAUGGUUUGUGCUUCAAAGUUGCUUAUAUCACUUGAAACAGUUUAAUGCUGGAAAUGAACUAACAUUUAUAACUUUUUUUUAUUGAGAAAAAUGAUUUACGAAUUCCAAAUCAGAUUUCCAGGAAGAAAUAUGAUGUGACAGUGCUGGGACCUGUGACUCUCCCAGCCCCUGCUGUCCACUAGGUGAGAGGAAACGCUCUUUACUUCUGCCCCUGGCAGUGACUUCUGGGUGAUGGGAGAAAGCAGAGAUGGAAAUAAGGCAAACAUGAACUCCAGCAAAAGCCCCUGGGCAGCUGUGAAGGAGCCCCUCACCUUACUCUCCUUGCGCCUGCUCUGCCUUCUUUCCCUCUGGAGGCAGUGAGGCUGGCUUCACAGUGCUUACUCUGGUCACUGGGAGAAGAGGAGUUCCUGCACAUGCAAGCCUGCUAUGUGGCUGCCAUCUGCAUUUGGGAUGUGCUCUGUACGUUGGGGACUGUCUGUAUUUGGAAGAUUGAAAAACCUAGCAUCCUCUUCUCACCCUGUAAGCUGCAUUGAGAAAUGACUCGUCUCUGUAUUGGUAUUAAGCCUUAACACUUAAGUGCAUUCGGUGCCAACAUUUUUCUACAGCUGUAUCGAAACAAAAAGCCUGUACUCACGUCACAGCGUCAUUUUGAUAGGAGUAUUCUGUUGUUUCUCCAAGGCAGAAUUGGGUGUAACAGUUGAAUUAAACUUAGUAGUCACGUGCCCAG